UACCUAUUUUCUAUGCAUCGUAGGUCUUCGAGAACAUUCUCUUGGCCGGCCAAAAGCAUCGAAGACGUCGGCUCAAGCGCUUUUGUCGAGGAUAGCAGACGGGAAUGUGUUGGAUGGCGAUUUCUUCGAUGAUGAAGUUGAGGAAAGUGUCACAAUGAUGACUUCAAGCGAAGAGCCUGUGACGGCAGACCACAGCGUUAGCAGCAGUGAUGAGGACGAGAAAGAAAAUAAUCAGCAAUCUCAACCCAAAAGAAAGAAAACAGCAGUGAAGUGGAUUAGGCAGGAUUUUUCAGCGCAGAAUACUGCGUGCACUUUCAUCCCUAGACGGGGCUCAACCCCCUCGGAGCCGCUUGAGUACUUCAGCAAGUACUAUACAGAUGAGAUUUUUGUCGAACUGGCUCACUACACUAACAUGUAUGCUUUGCACAGAGACGGAGCUGAGCUGAACACCACACCAGAAGAAAUUAGUUUUUUUCGGUGUUAUGAUGCGUAUGGCACUCCUCAAGUUCCCUAGAGUGCGUAUGUACUGGCAAGAGGACACGCGUAUACCCACUAUUGUGGAAGCAAUGACUUGCAAGCGAUUCUUUAAGCUGCUUGCAGCUUUACACGUGACUGACUCAAAUGCUCCAAAGGAAUCAACCACUAACAAAUUUUGGAAAGUUGCUCUAAUUCUAAAUGCCGUGAGAAGUCGAUGCCUUGAUUUGGAUCCACUCGAACAGGUCAGUAUUGAUGAACAGAUGGUGCCUUUUACAGGGAGGGUACCUGCAAAACAAUUCGUCAAAAACAAGCCCAAUCCUGAAGGCAUCAAAGUGUUUGUACACUGCAGCUCAGAUGGUAUGGCUCACGACUUCGAGUUCUACCAAGGUAAAGGCACCGGUGUGAGCAAAGAUCAUUCAUACUUGGGCCUUGGUGGAUCGGUGGCAAUGUGCUUAGUACAACACCUACCCCGCGGGCAGAACAUCAGAUGUUUUAUGGACAACUACUUUUCGUCAGUUCCACUUUACCGAGAGCUCAAACUGCUGGGUAUUCUGGCCUCUGGCACAAUCAGGUCCAACAGGCUUCUUGGCUGCGAGCUGAAAAGUGACAAGGAGUUGAAGAAGGAAGGCCGUGGAAGUCACGAUUUCAAGAUCACUGAAGAAGAGGACGUAGUCAUAGUGCGGUGGCAUGACAAUGGCCCGGUUAACAUGAUCUCCACACUUGUAGGAGUGGGGAACCCAACGAAAGUCAAACGAUGGAGUGAUUCAGCCAAAGAACAUGUGGACCUAGCCUGCCCACAAGUAAUAGCCGAGUACAACAAAUUCAUGGGCGGCGUCGACAAGUUGGAUUUCUUAAUGUCAUUGUAUCCACUCUACACAAGGACAAAGAAGUGGCCAGUUAGAGUCAUCUCCCACUUCAUUUCCUUCGCAGUGUGCAACAGCUGGAUUGAGUACAUCCGCGAUGCAAACGAAGAUGCACUCCCUAGAAAAGAAGUGAAGGAUGUGAUGGCAUUCCAAUCUGACAUUGCGCGGAGCUUGAUUGCUAGCAACAAAAGUGCACCACAAAGGAGGGGAAGACCAAGCACUUCCAAUCGGAAGCCUGCUCGGCAAUCGCACAGUGGUACGCCCAUGCCAACCAACUCAACAAGAUUUGACGGCACCAACCACUGGCCAAUGCACACGAUGGCAAACUUUCCGCAAAGGUGCCGAAACUCUGGCUGUGCCUCCAAGUCUCGAAUUUGUUGUCAGAAGUGUGGUGUUUUCCUUUGCUUGAGUGCAGCGAAAGACUGCUACUAUGAGUUCCACAACAAAAAGUAAGGUGCCGUCAAGUUCACUUGUAGAGAUGCUUCAGAAAAUCUCUCUAAGAUGCUUCUAAAAUGAUAACAACCCAUGAAAAUCACAGAAUAUGAAAGAUUAUGUAGUUGCCUUUUUUUCUGUGUUCAGGCGCCAUGUGUACAAUUCUACACAGCACCAAAAAUUUUUGUAUGUUAAAUAAACAAGUUUC